CCCUUUCCAAGGUAUACAAGGGCCUGUGACUCUCUUUUCCCUGCAAACCAAACCAGGCAGAACAAAGAGUAUUAAUUGACAGUCAUCAGCUUGUUCUUCUCCUCUGUGUCAGCCAAUCACCACCUCAGCAAAGAUGGCAUCAGUCUUUCCGUUGCCUUUGUUGCUCUGUUUGUCCAGCGGACUGUUGACUGCAUAUGGUCAAGCUUCCUGUCCUCCUUAUUGGACUCAGUUUGGCUCUCGUUGUUUCGCUUUCCACAUCCGGACAAAGACCUGGUCCGAGGCAGAGAUCUUCUGCCAGAUCGUUGGUGGGAAUCUGGCUUCCAUCCACUCAGAUGAAGAACAUACAUUCAUCAAAAACUACAUUAACCAAGUGUCCGGUGAACAGAGAACUUCCUGGAUCGGAGGCACUGACACAGUGAAGGAGGGUACGUGGUUGUGGACUGAUAGAUCCGAUUUCACCUACAAAAGCUUCAAUGCGGGGGAGCCUAACAACCGCGGUGGAGCGGAGAACUGUCUUUUGAUGAAUUGGGGCGGAGCAAACUGGAACGACUUGGCUUGUAACAACCAGGCUUCUUUCGUGUGCUCCAAGAACCUGUAACUCUAACGAGCCAUCAUGAUGCCUCUACAGCUCAUCUAUAAUCUCUAUCAUUGAUUCUCUUUCAGUUUGUUCAGCAUCUUUGCUUGAUCUUGAAGCAGGGGGCGGAACUUGAAGGGUCUUGCGGACUGCAAACGGACUCACUUGGCUUUUUUUUUUAAGCACAUGAUGGGAAAUCUUCAACUUGUUUUCUGCUAUUAAUACUUUAUACAAUAUUAAGAUUUUUUUAGAAGAAGUUUUACAUUAAAUAAGCAAUCUUCAAACUCCAA